AUGGAGGGACAUAGUACCAUCCCACCCGAUAUAAUCGAGCGCCAGUCGCUGUGCUUCUCCCGCCCCUUGCCAGGCAUGGUCGUGCAACAGGGCGAGACCGGCUUCAGAGAAGAGCUAUCACAAUUAUACGUGCCAGCAGAGAGCAACGCCGCCGAGCAAUUCGUCAAGCUAAAGGACGCUCUCCGAAAAGCCGAUACCGACAGCUUUUGGAUCCAGCUCACCCAAGGCCUCGCUAAGAUUGCCGAUGCCCAGUAUGCCUUCGUCUCCAAGAGGAUUUUGGUCGAUGACAAGAAUGUUGCUGUCGAACUUCCACCCAUUGGCGAGCCUGGAGCAUGCCUCAUGGGCGAGGCCUUCUACAUCAACGAUGACCAUGGUAACGGACCCGGCCAUCUGAGAAACUUCAAGUACCAUGCCUACCAAUGUCCGUGUGCCUACAUGAAGCAUGACAAAGUUUUCAUCAUACCCGAAAGAUUAAACGAUUUCAUCCUCGACAACCCAAACGACCUCAUCAUCCCUGGCGAGGCCUAUCUUGGUAUUCCUCUGUUUGCUGAAGGAAAGUGCUUUGCACAUUUUGGUGUUAUGUGGGGUAAAGAGGGGGCUGCUCGCCGUGUGUUGAGUUGGGGGUUUCUCGAAAUGCUGUUUCAUGGCCUGGAAGACAUGAUCCUAGAACGCGUGUUGGAAGGCAACGAUUUCGCAAAGUCAGCAGAACCAAUUCAAGCUGCUGGAGUACCCAGGAUCGUACCGCACAGAGCUGUCUCAGUUGCCCAGUCAUUAAAGCCCUACGCCAGGAGCCUAUCCCACGAAUUGAGGACGCCAAUGCAGGGCGUUGUUGGUAUGCUGGAUGUCAUGAUGGCAAAUGUGAAGGAAGCAUCAGAAUCAUUGCAGCUUGAAUCCCGGACCCGUGAGAUACUCGAUACACUGAGGGAGAAUAUUGAAGCUGUCCAAGACAGCUCAAGACGCGCAGUCGAGGCAGCUGACAAUGUCGUCCAUGCCUACGACAUGAACAUGGGUGUUCCAGAGACUCCACUUUCGCCACUCGACAAGACCCCCGACCAGUGGAACACCUUCUGGCGUGAGAUGCGACCGGACUUGAUGAUCACCGGCAACGACAUGCGUGCUCCACUACGUGGUAUCAAGAGAAGACGACGUGAGGUCUCUUGGGCAGAUCAUGCUAACAAGACACGCGUGGCUAAGAAUGCUCGCCAACGUGUUCGAGACACCUUCUCAGAAGAGCCUCCCAUGCGCGGCACCAAGUCUUGUCCCCCAGAUGCAAGCGCUCUGGAACUAGAUCGACUAGACCACACUUGCUCACACGGAACCUCGUUAGGCAAUUGCGACUCAACUACCUCGCCUAUAUUCGCAUCAGAGCAUUCCAAGGUCCCUGGACUCCGACAUACCAAUCUAAGAGAGGUUUUACAAUAUGUCAUCAACGAUGCGCUUAAAGUAGGAGGAAGGCCGGAUUCUGCCAUCGCUGAGGCUACGGAUACAGGAGAGCGGAUUGAAGUCCGAACACGUAGCUCCAAUGGAGAGGCACACACUAAAUGGAUUGAGUGGACGGUUUCUGCCGAUGUUCCAGAGACGAUUGUUAUCGAUGAACGGGAUCUCGCUAAGAUGGUCUCUUGCCUUGCUCUCAACGCUAUCAAGUUCACGCAGGACGGAUCCAUCACACUUCAAGCGACACUUAGCGCUAAAGGCCGCUACAUUGUCAUCAACAUCAAGGACACUGGCUCCGGUAUCCCGGCAGCGUUCCUACCUAAUCUAUUCAAACCAUUCUCAAGAGAAGACGAUUCGAUGACACGGCAGAGUGAGGGGCUGGGCCUUGGUCUAAUGGUUGCCAAGGGCAUUGCGAGGAAGCUGGGUGGCGAUCUCUUUUGCCUCCGUUCGCAUGUCUCUGGACCAGGGAGAGGGUCGGAAUUCGAGAUGCGAGUCCCACUUACUCCAGGCGAGAUCUGCAGUCGUCCUGCAACACCGUUUGGAUCCCCUACACUCUCCAUCAAAUCUCGCAUGUCUAUCGAUCAUGAGGUGCCCCGCCUGGAUCUCAGCCGUGGCCCUGUCACUCCUCCCCUGAGUUCCGAAUCAUUCAAAAGUGAUCGCGAACGCCAACCACCAAUCACACCUGUCAUCACUGUCCACUCUGCGACAUCGCCAGACAAUAUUGGCCUAGCUACUCCUCGCCGCACCUCAUCGCCUCCAAGACAACAUGCUACUCGCGCUCUAUCCUUGGAGCGGGAUGUUGCGCCAUCCAAUCUCGGUGUGCAACUGCCUCUCAACAUCCUAGUUGUAGACGACAACGCUAUUAAUAGACGUGUGCUGGUGAGCAUGCUGGACAGACUGGGCUACAAGAACAUCACCACAGCAUUCAACGGUAACGACGCCGUCGAGACUGUUCGUCGCAAUGCUCUUGCCCCAGCCUCCGAGGCCUUUGAUGUCGUCCUUAUGGACCUUUGGAUGCCGCUGCUGGACGGCUUCCAAGCUACCGAGGUGAUUCUGAAGAUGCCAGAGCUCGAGCGAAAGCCGACCAUUCUGGCCGUCAGCGCAGACAUCACCGACGCCGCUCUAGACAAAGCAGUCAAGAGUGGGAUGAAGGGCUUCGUCACUAAGCCCUUCAUCACCCGAGACAUCGCCCGAUUGAUUCGGACAUACUGCGCAAGCCAAUAA